AUAAAAAUUUACGGAUGGAAAGGAAGGCAAGGUUCAGGCUUGAAAGAGCGGCGCCAAGGUUCAAUCUGUCAUCGAACAAGACUCAGAAUCUCAAUUGCGGAAAGCUUAAUUGUCAGUCUUCCAUACAAUAAUCGACAGAGCCAUUCUCUAUUGUUUCUGUAAAUAAAGAAAAUGGCGGGACGUGACGUGGAACUGAAGGCGGCGGCGACAGCUUACCGGAAUGCGAAGGCCGAGGGGAACAGGCAGGAGGAGGCCCGAUGGGCGAACGUGAUGGGAAAUAUAUUGAAGAAUAGAGGAGAGUACGUUGAGGCUCUCAGGUGGCUUCGAAGAGACUAUGAGGUUUCUCUCAAAUAUUUGCCCGAGAAGCAUUUGCUCCCCACCUGUCAAUCUCUCGGGGAAAUUUAUCUCCGGCUCGAGCGUUUCAGCGAUGCUCUAACGUAUCAGAAAAAACACUUGGAGCUUGCUAGGGAUGCUAAUGACCUUGUUGAGCAGCAAAGGGCCAGCACCCAACUCGGUCGUACUUAUCAUGAAUUAUUUUCAAGGUCAGAACAUGAUCAUCUCUCUAUACGAAAUGCAAAAAAGUAUUUUAAGUCUGCUAUGGAGCUGGCAGGGAUUCUUAAGGAGGACCCACCAACUAACAAGUCUUCCUUUGUCAAAGAAUAUAUUGAUGCACACAACAAUAUGGGAAUGCUGGAAAUGGAACUUGAUAACUUGGAAGAGGCUAAGAAAAUCCUAACCAGAGGAUUAGAGAUUUGCAAUGAAGAAGAGGUCAGCGAAGAUGAUGACGGGCGCAGCAGGCUCCAUCAUAACCUUGGAAAUGUAUAUAUGGAACUGAGAAUGUGGGAAAAGGCUAGAAAACAUAUUGAGAAGGACAUUCAAAUUUGUAACAGAAUUGGACAUUGUCAAGGGGAAGCAAAGGGCUAUAUUAAUCUUGGGGAAGUGCAUUACAGGACUCAGAAGUAUGAUGAAGCACGUUCUUAUUAUGAGAAGGCACUUGCUCUGGCAAAAUCCAUGGAAGACGAGGAUGCACUAGUUAGGCAAAUUGAUGAAAAUAUCAAAACUGUAAAUAAAGCUGUCAUAGUAAUGGAUGAAUUAAAGAAAGAAGAGCAGAACUUCAAAAAGCUUAAAAGAUAUUUGGCUGCUGCAAGAGGCUCAGCACAUGAACGGAAAUGUCUUCUGCAGCAAAAUGAGUCCCUUGAUCGCCUUCUUGAGAAAUCAAGUGUGAUCUUUGCAUGGGAGAAGCACUGUGAAUUUGCAAAGGAGAAGAAAGAAAUGGCAAGUGAAUUGCGUGACAAUGAAAAGCUCAGUGAUUCAUAUCUGGCUCUUGGAGAAUCAUACCAGAAGCUCAGAAAUUUCAAUGAAGCUAUCAAAUGGUACAAAAAGAGUUGGGAAAUGUACAGAACAAUUGGUAAUUUAGAGGGCCAAGCACUAGUAAAAAUUGAUAUCGGUAAUGUUUUGGAUUCUGUUCACAAUUGGAAAGGAGCACUCGAGGCGUUUGAAGAGAGCUACAGGAUUGCUGCUGAAGCUAACCUUCCUUCUGUACAGCUUUCUGCCCUGGAAAACAUGCACUAUAGCAACAUGAUAAGAUUUGAUGAUGAGAAUGAAACCAGGAGGUUGAAACUUUUAAUUGAUCAACUGAAGAAAUCAAUAGAUAAAGACCCCAAACCAAAAGACAUACGAGAGAAUUACUGCUCUGAGACUGAUACUGAAGCAGAUGAGUAUCUCUCAAAUAGUGGGUCUGAAUCAAAAAUAGCAACUGCUCGAGAGGAAUUGAACGAUGACAUGCCCCUUAUGUCACUCUUUCAGUCCAGAAAAAGAUCAUCCCAAAAAGCAGGUUUCAUGGAAGGUUAUAGCAACUCUGUCGAGGAACCUCAGCCGUCACCUAGAAGUUUGCCAAAAACUACCAGUCAGAAGACUGUUGGUUUUAAACGUGUCCGUGUAAUCCUUUCUGAUGAUGAUGAGGAGGGAGAGAAUGUUGAUGAGAUGAAGCACUCAGAGAGAAAGUCCCGUGAUUGUCAGUUAGAGGACUUCUCUACUUCUGAUGCAAUAAAGAGUAAAAGAAGUGGUGCCAGUCCUGCUGCUAAAAUUCAGGUUGAAGAAAGCAGUAGUUCUUUCAAAUGCCGGAAUCCUCACAGCAACACAAAAACGACCAGCAAUUCUAGAUCUCAAAGCAAUGAUGUAGUUGCCGAACCUGAUAUUGCUAGUGGUUCAAAAUGUGAUACGAAUGUCUCUGGCAAAAUGUUGCCAUACGGAGUCUCCUAUUCCAUGAGGCGUAGUUCUGAACGAGAUCAUGAUAUUACAGUCAAGAUUGAAAAUGACCUGAUUUACAUAGGAGCAUCCUCGUUUGUUGCUAGAGAUCAGUUGAAGUCUGAAGUUGCGUGCUUAUAUUAUCUACAGCUUCCUAGAGAGAGAAAAUCUGAGGGUUUGUUGCCCAUUAUUCAGCACAUAAAAUGUGCUGGAAGAGAUCUAGAAUCCCUGGAAGCUGUCGAAAAUCUUAAGGAAUAUCUGGGAGAUGAUAUGGUCGAAAUUUCCGUUGACGGAUGGGUUCAGAAGCGCUUAAUAAAAAUGUACAUGGACUGCUGCGAGGAGUUGUCCGAGGUACCGAAUCUUAAGGUACUCAAGAAACUAUACAAUUUAGAGGUUUCAGAUGAUGAGAUUAUUGUGGCUGACUGCGACCUGCAAGAUUUGUCAGUAACUCCAUUGUUAAAUGCACUGCUUUCUCACAAAAGAUUUGCAAUGCUCGAUCUCUCUCACAAUAUGUUAGGAAAUGGAACAAUGGAGAAGCUUCAGAAAGUUUUCAUGGCAUCCGGCCAAUCUUAUGGCGGCCUGACCCUGGACUUGCAUUGCAAUCGGUUUGGCCCAACGGCAUUGUUUCAGAUAUGCGAAUGCUCAGUCCUAUUUGCUCGGCUUGAAGUGCUUAACUUUUCUGGAAACCGUCUUACUGAUGCAUGUGGAUCUUAUCUUUCAACUAUCUUGGAAAAAUGUACCGCCCUCUGUAGCUUGAAUGUAGAGCGCUGUCAUAUCACAUCUAGAACUAUUCAGAAGAUGGCCGAUGCAUUGGACUCUAAAUCUGUACUUGCGCAGCUUUGUAUAGGUUAUAACAACCCUAUAUCUGGGAAUGCUAUUGUUAAUCUACUGGACAAGCUCUCUGCUUUGAAAAGGUUUUCUGAGCUGAAUCUGAGCGGUCUAAAAUUAGGCAAACCAGUCGUUGAUACCCUUUGUAAGCUUGCAGGGAGCAUAACUUUAUCAGGAUUAAUUCUUGGAAGCACGGGAAUUGGAAAUGAAGGGGCAGCGCAAUUAACGCAAUCCUUGUUCAAUGGGACACAAGAACUUGUGAAACUUGACCUAUCAUAUUGCGGGCUUACAUCUAAUAAAUUUUUACAUGCAGGUGUUUCUUCAUUUUGUUCCAUUCUUGAGCUGAGGCUGGAAGGAAAUCCUAUCAUGCCAGAGGGCAGCAAUACUCUAUCGUACCUUUUAACAAACCCACAGUGCAGUCUAAAAGUUUUAGUCCUUAGAAAUUGUCAACUUGGGCUUACUGGAGUUCUCCACAUAAUUGAGGCACUAGCAGAGAACAACUGCCUACAGGAGCUCAAUCUAGCGGGUAAUGCUGCUCCCAAUGAAAUUUCUUCUCUAGGACAUGACAUUUCAGUAGGGUGCUCAGAAAAAUUGAAGCAGAAGCUAGAUAUUUGUGAAUUAAGUUCACCCAUGGAAAUGGGCAAAACUAACGAGUCUCUAGGGACUCUUAACAAUGGUAAUAAUUGUGAGCUUGAAGUUGCCAAAAAUCAAGAUGAUCAGACGAGAGUAGAAGCCGCAACUUCUGGAAUUGAAGACAGUUAUGCCAGUUCAUGUCAAAGAAAUUCUUCAUCUCCCAAGAGCCAUUUAAUUCGAAAACUUUCAACCGCCAUUGGUCUAGCAAACAACCUGCAAUUACUUGACCUCAGCGAUAACGGUCUCCCUGAAGAAGCUGCAGAACUGUUGUACGGUUCAUGGUCAUCUUCAUCUUCACGAGCUCAUUCAAGUCACAAACAUAUGACUGAUCAGAUAAUUCAUUUCUCAACCAGCGAAAAUAAAUGCUGCGGAGUGAAACCAUGCUGCAAGAAAGAUUGAUUUUGUUUCUCUUGAUCUCACUGUCGUGGCGAAUGAUCUCGUGCAGUUAUUGGAAACAUGUUUCCAUCAGAGUAUUUAUGAAUGUGUUCCUUGUCAGCAGUUACUGCUUCUUGUUAGUUUUCUAAAGGGAUUCUUUGGGGAUAGCUAUCUACUUACUGCAAUCUAAACAUGAGCAUCUGAGUAAAGUAGUGUCUGCCAUUGAAAGUUGGUUCAAAUUACUUCUCUGGAGGGAUUAAAGGAAGGGAAAGUUAUGUCCCAUUAAACCCAAGUUGCAGGAUGCAGCUUUGCCUGGCACUUGGGUCCUCUUGAUUGCAGAUUACGGAGAUUUCUUUUUAGAUAUAAAAGAAUGAGAUUAUAUAGCUAAAAAGUGUCCGUGCAAAGAUUCGCAGAUAUCAGCAGUGAAGAAGGUUGUGUGCCAUCCAAUAUGAACAAUAGAAGAAUUGUUUUUAAGAUUUUGUUAUAUAUAUAUAUAUAUAUAUAUAUUGAUUCAAGCAAGCCUAAAUAUUCAAAUGCUUUUAAAGACAC